AUGCAUCUUGUCCUUCGACUUUUCCUUGUCACUUCAUGGAUCUUGAUUCCAGUCUUUGGCCAGCUGGAGACAAUUGGUCUCACAACCUCUGGUGUUACACCCACUAGUACGCUCUUAUCGACGGCCAACCCGACCUCAUCUUUAUCGAGUCCGCCAACUUCGGCAACCCCCUCGCUCACUACUACCUCACCCAGUGUCACCAAUUCGGGUGACUCUUUGGUGCUCACCACUGUGUUUACCCAGCCACCAGGAUGCGCUGGUGGAAUGACCGAGAUCCCAGCAUGGUCGACCGAGCUCUGGCAGAACAUUGUCAAUCCGGUUUCCACUAUGACCCUUUCAUCCUGCUACCCCAGCCAAUUCUACUAUAGUGCGAUAGCCACUAGAAUCCUGCCCCCCUACAAGCAGCUUGUGUGCCCCGAAGACUGGGAAACGUACAAUGUUACCGACACGUACAUCAUCUGUUGCCCAAGCAACUAUGGAAUGUACAUGCCAAACUACCAGAAUUCGACGCGACCUGGAUUAGGCGCCGUCUGUACUUCGAGCAUCUGGCCCGAUGUGUUGAUGGACAUCACCAGCUACGAUUCCGCGGGAUCGGUCACUGUCAUUCCCACCAUCGCUGGGGAUGAUGGGGCCCUCGUGUUCGCAACGGCGUUCGAUGGAACCAAGGCUACUGCUGUGGCCUCAUCCACAUCUAUGACCUCUACGUCUCCCCCCAGCGCCAUCUCAUCUACAUCAUCCCCAAGUAACACUGCUCCGGAGACUACCAUUGUUCUCACAACUUCUGCUGGCUCAACCGCAUCCACUUCGACAUCCGCAACGGCCACCAUCACCGGAAUUUCCCAGCUCCCUACCUGCGGUCAAACCUGCUUCGACAACAUGUUAGCCAAAUAUGAUAGCCUCGGCUGCGAGACAUCCGAUCCAUCCUGCCUCUGCCGAAACAUCAAUUUCUACUACGGAAUCCGUGACUGCGCCAAUGCCGCUUGUGGGACUGCAGUGGCAAGCACAGUUCUGGCUUUCGAGAGUGGAUACUGCACCUCCGCCAUUGCGGCCGAAACCACCUAUCCGGUGACUAGUACCACCACCGUCUCGUCGACAUCUACAGCAAGUCCCACCGCGAUCUCUGACCUCCCCACCUGCGGUCAGACCUGCUUUAACAAUAUGCUGGCCAAAUACUCCUCCCUCGGAUGUAGUAGCCCUGACCCUGCCUGUUUAUGCGAAAACAUCAACUUCUACUACGGUAUUCGGGAUUGCUCGAAUGCUGCCUGUGGUACUGAGGUGGCUACCACUGUUCUGGCUUUCGAGAGCAGCUAUUGUGCCUCUGCUACCGCGGCUGCUGCCACCAGUAAGUAA